AUGGCUGGCGCCAACAAGGAGCAACCCGCUGGCACGAGGCGGAACAGGAUGAGCUUCUGCGAGGAUGGCCCCGCAGCGAGGCGUGCCUCCAGACCCACCUGCACCGACACCGAAGAGCGAGUUGCCGUCUGGGAUGCGGUGGCCGCCUACGUACAAGAGCACCUCCUGGUGCAGAAGGGGGUCUGGAUUCCCACCUUCGGAUCCUUUGACACCAUCUCCAGAGACAUCAGGACUGAGGACGGGACCGUGACUCUGCGGUGGCCCGUCUUUCACUUGUCUGGAAACCUCAUAGCCGUGCACCACCUCAAGCCCCGCAGGGAGUCCCUGCCAGCCCAUAGGAAGCUGGAGCCGCUCAAGAGCAGCGAGGUGGCCGCAGCUGCCUCUGUGACCUGGCAGACAGCGCAGGCUUGCAUCCAAAGCACCGUGUCCCUGCUCUCUGGCUGCCUGAAGAAUGGGGAGAACGUUGCCGUUGUCUUCAAGGACAUUGGAGUACUCCACAUCGAUGGAAUGACCUUCCACAUGAAAUUCUAUUACGACUUCCUUGAGAAGCUGUCAGGGAAAGAGAAGUUCAGGAAAGCUCUUCUCAAGGCCCCCUGGCUGCUGGACAUGGUGGUGUCCCGAGCGGCACCGGUGGCCUCCCUGGCACUCUCUGGCUGCCUCGUCGUCUUUCCCAAGUUUCAAAUGGAGUUUGUACCCAAACCACCACCUGGGAUAUCCCGCAGGUCCUCAGGAGGCAUCCCUGCGGAGGGGAAACCAAAGGAAGAGGAGGCUUUGCCACCUCUCGCCCAGGGCAAGAAAGUGAGAUUUGCUGGCAAGCCAACCUUCAUCAAACGCUUGAGCUCGGACAGUCUAGAUGGAGGAAAACUCCGAAGGAUAAGGAGCUUACUGCGCAAGGAGAGCUCUACGUCCAGUCUGCUGCCAGCCAUCCCUGGAGUGCCUGAAGACCAAAAGCAGCCGCUGACCUGCCAGCUGCAGGGCCAGGCAGAAACAGACAGCCAAGAAGACCUGGGCCGAGCCCCGGGAACCAAACACGUGAGCUUCCGUGAGGAAGAACGGGAAGCGGAAAAAGCCCAUCGUGUGGCUGCGGUGCUGAAGUUGCCCAAAGCCAACGAAUCUUUCAGCAACGAUUCCAGACCUUCCUCAAGGGCUCAGUCCAGCCCGUCGCAGGCAUCGCAAGGCACUCCAUCCCGGCUUCCACUUCUGGCAUGCGACUCAGUCAGACUUCUGAGGCGCAGGGCUAAGAAGAGCAGGCAGAAAGAACCCGAGGAGAUGGCAGCAUCAACAUCUCAGGCUGAGGCCAGCCAGCCGCAGGAGUCCUCUACUGACAGAGCUGGAUUUCUGCCACCGAUAAACGAAGAAACACAGUCUCCUCAGCGUCAGCCUCCAAACACCAAAGCCCCACCGCGCAGGAAGGGCACACCCUACCCACGCUGAUGCGGGCAUGGGGCGCCCAUGAGCUCCAAGAGCUCCACUCGAGCUGGCUGCAAAACAGAUGCUUGAAUCCCAUCUGCAUCAUAUCUAAUCCUAGACUAGGCUGCCGAGUGCCCAAUCCAACCUGGCCUUCAACACUGCCACGGACGCGGCGUCCACAAGCUCUCUGGGCAUCCGCUUCCAGCAUCUCACCCCCGUCUCUGGAAAGACCUUCUCCCUGACAUCCAAUCUUCAUUGUCCCUCCCUCUGUCAAUAAAGCCUUACCAUGGGCCUAUCCCAUACAAAUCUCCACAAUGCCUGUGGCAGUGUCAUUGCGUCUUUGGACGCCAGCUCUGGUGCUGGCGGAGGGAGAAAGAAUUGUGAGAGGGCAUCAGAACAUCUCACGAUGCUUUCCUUGAUGCCAAAGGAAAUCCAGCAUCUCGCUUGGCUCGGCUGUCUGAGCUUUUCUGCUGAAGGGGAAGACCAAAAAUGAAGUCAGCUUCAAAUUGGUGCGGCAGCUCAGAGCUCUCACAGGAUACCAGGGAUCCUUGGGAGGCCUUUUCCAAGUGGAAGAUUGCGUCCUAUAAAGAAUCACAGAAU